UAAUCUUUCCGAUCAAAUAGACUGAAACAGACGUAAAAAGACAAUGGCGUUAAAACCGACGACUUGCAAGGAAGCUAUAGCGCGAUGGGAGAAGAUAAAGGGAGAGAAUUCAACUGAAGCCACGGUCAUAGAGCUACAGUUCCAGUGGCCGCCUAUUGAGAAGAUGGAUGGUGCUCUGUCCACGCUAGUGAGCUGCGAGAAGUUAAGCCUAUCUUCAAACAUGAUCGACAAGAUAGCCGGCAUUGCUGGAAUGAGAAGUCUCAAGAUAUUAUCAGUUGGGCGAAAUUAUAUUAAAUCUUUAGCAGGAAUCGAAACAGUGGCAGACACGUUGGAAGAGCUGUGGAUAAGUUACAAUCCCAUAGACAAGUUAAAAGGCGUCGGAACGCUCAAAAAUCUGAAAGUUCUGUACAUGUCUAACAAUCUUAUCAAGGAAUGGGUGGAGUUCAAUAGAUUGCAGGAAUGUCCAUCUCUAAGAGAUUUGGUGUUUAUCGGGAAUCCGAUAGUCGAUAGCCAACCAGACGUGGAAACUUGGCGAAACCAGGCUUCGACUCGACUCCCGCAAAUCAUUAAGCUGGAUGGCAUACCUAUCAUAAGGGAAUAGCUUACGUAACUAUGAAACAUAUACCCCCUCUUUACUUAUUAUCUACUUUUAAAGCUUUAGCUACCUAAUAUUAACUUUCAUUGUAGCGCACUUUAAAAAAAUAUAAGUUAA